CCAUCGGUGGGCGCGUGCUGUUUGUUAACUGACCUGUAAGCAGGUAAAAGUCGCCGUUUGGUAAGGUGCGCAAGUGUGUUUAUGCCUCUUGAUUACACACCCAUACCUACGGGUAGAUAAUACGUACAAACGCGGGGGUGAAAAGUGUGCAUCGCGUGUUGCUAUGGAUACGGAGUGUUAUGGUUUCACGCUGUAGUUGUGUGUGUUCAAGUAUUUGACAAGCCAUUACCGUGCGCGUGUGUGAACAACUUUGUAUUACUACUUUUAAGCGACUUUUUUUGCAAAUCUCAUUUCACGAGCCUUCCGAUACGUCUGUCCUUAAAUUCGUAAUUCACAUCCAUUCGCGAACUUCUGGACAAGAAUAAAAGCCCCGAAGACCCUCGAAACUUACCAAGGAAACCAUAUUCCCAGGGUGUUAUUCAACUGGAAUUAGCUAAGAUAUUCGGCCAGCUUUGGGAGCGAAAAAGACGGCAGUGAUUGUUUGAACGUUGAAUUAACGAGUCAUACAGUAUCUACGUACCUAUCUACGACGCGGCUGAUACGUGCGAUUUUUUAAAACCAGUUUCCGACACACUUACGAGCAUCAAUACGUAAAUCGAGGCGGCGUUUAAACGGACAUUCAUUGCACGCGUCCGCAAACAGAAACGAAGAGGUACAAAAAACCGAAGACGAAUCGUGUACCUAUCACCGGCAGAACAGCGAUACGUCCACAAACCUUUUCGGACAAGAAAAACAUGAUCGCUCCAGGUUCUCUGAAAAGAUCCAACGGAUGCUGAGAUGGCGCUCAAAAAUGCAAAUUCCUUGUCUGGAGUAUGGCUAGGGCUGAUAUUGGUACUUGUUGUACAUACUCUGGCUGAAAAUACCCCCUCUGAAGAAGAGACGGAAGCCGAGAGUUCGCAUAUUAAUUAUGACAGUCAAAGCAACGACGACUUCAGAUUUUCGAAGGAAGAUUACGACAAUUAUUUCGAAAAAGAUGUAAAUCAACCGAAUAUCGAAGAUAUUUCCGAAGCGGCCGGGGGUUUGGGGAAUGAAUCGUUAGAAAAUGCGGAUGGAGUUGAUGCUACAACAACGGCGAAGACGGUCUCUAAUUUUACCACACUUCAGCACAAUCAGACAAUACCUACCAUAGCAACGAUUGACUUUGAAAACAAUUUGACAAUUACCGAUAACGAAAAAACGGCCGUCGAGGGUGUGAGAGAAGUCAGCAGAGUUGAGAGUUCGCAAGCACAGUCUAAUGCCACCACUGAUAAGGUAAUUGUAGAAGUUUCGAAGGAAGAAUUGGAUAGCGGUGGUGAAGGACAGUCAGAAUCUGCUCAUCGGGAAUUCGAAUUCACUGAAGAACACGAUGACUUUGACGAGCACACGAGUUCCGAAUUUGCUGAAGCCACGACACCGAGUUCGGCAUUGUUGAACGCCAGCAGUCUAAGACUUCCGGAUAAUUUACACAAACAUGUCGAGCAGUUCGAUAUAGAGAAUUCAGACGAGGACGAGGAAGCAGAUGGCAACGAUACUCAUUCUUUGAUGAAUGACACGAACGUCAACUAUCGUUUAGACUUCAAGUACGGCACCAAGAGGUUUCCGGAGAAUGAUACCAGAAAGCUGAACGGUGACAACGGAGAGGGUCUGACAUCUGAACCGAAACAUGAAGUGGAGAUUUUUAAGAAUGUUACUUAUCCUUCUGUAUUGAGGAUCAGUGAAGAUCCGAAUAACGCCACGGUGAUCGACGAUACAACGCCAAAUUAUUCAAGCUCGAAACCCAAAGCCCGGACGAUUUCCAUCUCAGGUGACAAUGAUGUAUCUACAAAAAAUUCAAAAAAUUUCAAUCAUACACGCCCAGAUCAGGCAGCGUCUGAUACGAUAAUGAGAAUCUCUCCCAAAAAGUCCGUUCCAACGGAAAAACCCACCAAGCUAAAACCAUACCCGUACUUGACAUCGGAAAGUACAUCCAUUAAUUACGAACUCGUUACAGAUUUACCGAACAAGACUGAGGUAUCUACGGAAGAGAUAGCAGCGUACAAGAAUACGAUUGACAGACAGAAGUCGGAUGAUAAAAUUGUAGUCACGGAGCCAUCGGUACUAGUCGACAAUAGUAUUGAGAAAUUUAAACCCGUUCACGAGAAGAGAUCUGGAACUUUACCCAGAGUAAAUUCAACGCUUGGUACUUCUGCAGCAGCAGCGGCUUGGUCAGCACCGACAACUGAAAAUUCGAUGUCAAAAAAUGCGACCGAUGUGACAGAAGAAGCUCAAACCACUGUCUCACAGUCCAGACACCGUAAUCAGACUGGCAACGAUGUCCCUCAGAGUAAUAUGAAUAUUUCAGUUACUACGGAAGAACCUUCUACAAUUCUCUCCGAGGUUACAGAGAAUAACAUAGAAAAUGUGAUUGGAAAAGUCAAUGGUACCAAUAACCCAACGGUUUCGACACCGAUUACUAAAAAAUUAAUCGAUCAUCACGAAGCGGCAAAAAAUAAUUCUGAGCUCGUGGGAAGCGAAGUCUUAAAUUUUACCGAGAAAAUAGAAACAGUGACGAGUGGCUCCUCCACCAGCAACGAAAUCCAGACGAUAACGGAAAAGUCAAAAAUAACUCCGAUCCAACGGAUCGACGACGUUCCAUCGUCAACCGAAACCUAUCCAGUGAAUGCAACGAACGAUGCUGAUAAGUCGAAGUCAAAAGAUGGCAUCACCGCUUCUUUACCAAUGUUCACAUUCACGACAACGAAACCUGUACAAGAAUCGUCGAGUGAGAUUCCAGUGUUUGAAUCUAAUGGAACAAGGCCAAUUGAAGAGAACGUUGCCAACGUAUCUCAUCCCCGGACAAUCUCGCAGAGUUAUGGAAGCACCGAAGACAUCGCAGAGUCUAAGGACGAUCAAACAACCACGAUACAGUACAAAUUCGUAAGUCUAACGGAUGGUGAAAAGACCACCACGCCUUUUCCGAGUGACGACGUGAGCCCCGAAAGUGUCACCGUUACCAAUUCCCUAAACGAGACUUCGAAAACAAUGGAACCUCCGAGCUCUGAAGAAAACAGCACGUUCACAAAUCUAUUUAACAAUAUUUCGGUAACAACAGUAUCACAGGAAACAACCGAAUCAGUGGUAACCGAUGAUUCUACUGACGAAAACCCAACGUCACUCUCAACAAUGAUCGAAACUGUCAAGCCAGACAAUGUUAAUUCGUCGACCACCAUUGUCUUUCCAGACACAACCACAUCCAACACCAAAUUUGAUGUCACGACGACUGAAGAUCUUCCAAAUACCACAAAUUCGCCUGUUUCUGAAACUGGUUUUACCACAGGAACGAAGGCUAACACUGACGCAACUAUUUCUCCAACAUUCGGUGCAAACACGUUCAAUGGCCGGAUAGAGGAGACAACUACGGCACAAAAUGAAAACCCUGAAGAGACGACGACAACGAUGAUGCCUGUAACCGUAACCGUUAUUGAAGAAACAACUAUGGCUUCAAACAGUGAAGUUAUCGUUUCAACAGAAAGUACGAGUACGUCAGAAAUUCCAACAACGGUCACCCUAAUUACGACGCUAAUACCCGAAACCGGCCAACAAUUUCCAAAUUCAAGCAACAAUGCCAUAGCAGUGGUUGCAGUCUCUUCGGUAGCUCUCAUUUGCUUGGUUCUACUUGCAGGCUUGUUGUUUAUAAUGAGAAAACGACAGACGAGAUUCAAUAACGUGCAAAGAUGCCGACCACUGACGUUGGAAGCUUAUCGAGUCGGUGGUGUUUCGGCUUACAACAGCAUGAGAAGAAAAGAUCGUACGCGCGACUCAAAGCGCAGCUAUGGAAACCCUGCGUUCGAAGAUUCGAGCGUAACUCCGUCUCAUCCGUUAAACUUUGCUGGUUUAUCGUCCUUCUGCAACGACUUAAAUGCCAUCAACGAGGAGUUUGCGGGAAUUCCCCAGGUGUCCGCAAGGAUCGACGAACUGCCAGCCGGUGCUGAGGUGAAAAAUAGGUACGCCAAUGUCGUCCCUCUACCGGAGACCAGAGUACCACUUCAAAAGAUCAACAACGAACCAUUAACGGAGUAUAUUAACGCCAGUUACGUUCGCGGACCGAAAAAUGCCACGAAAUACUACAUAGCGUGUCAGGCGCCGAUCGAGUCAACGGUAGCUGAUUUCUGGCGGAUGAUCUGGGAGCAGCAGAGCAAAGUGAUAAUAAUGCUGACCGACAUCGUCGAGAACGGGGUUGAAAAGUGCGUCGAUUACAUUCCGCCGUCCGAAGUAACCGAUUGCCAUCGCCUUUACGGCGACUACCAGGUUACGCUGAAGAAGCACGAGGCAAAGGAGAAGUACGCGAUCUCCACCCUCCACUUGAAGAAUCUCGAGAACAACACGUAUCGCGAGGUCUCCCACAUAUGGUAUCUCUGGCCCACGAACGGCGUACCGUCGGACGCGACUGGUCUCAUCGCAAUCCUCCUCGAGGCGAGGGCUCUGCAGAGGGGCGCACCCGGACCGAUAGUCGUCCACUGCAGUCCCGGUACCGGACGAACCGGUACCCUGAUCGCCCUCGACCUCGGUAUCAGACAGUACGAGAUCACGAGAACCGUAGACGUUCCUCGGGUCGUUUAUACCAUCAGAAGGGACAGGGCCGGAGCCGUACAGACGAAGGAACAGUACGCGUUCAUUUACAAGGGCUUGAAUUUGUACGCGGCGAAGCUCGCUGGCGGGGCACUGGAAUCUAUGUGAAGAAGGAUUCACCUCUCCGAGCUGGCCCCGAAUUGCCAGGAAACGUUGCUGUGACCAAAUAUGUUGAAUCGCUUUUCAAAGGCUCGGUCGACGCUGAAGAAUAGACGAAACGCUCGUCACAGGAGCGCGACGAAGAAAAUGGUUAAACUACGUAACUUGAAUUAACUACGCAUGAAUAUCGUGAACGAAAGAACGAAUGGAUUGCUCUUUGAAUUUCGCCGACUCGUAUCCGGCUUCGAUUUAAAAUACAACAGGGUGACAUUUUCUUUGCUGAAACAUUGAAGAACAGACGAAAAAAUACUGUCAAUUUUCGCAUCAAUUAUUUAACUUGAGGACCAGAUAAUUAGGAAAAUUACCAUUUAUUAAUGGUUAUAUACGUAACAGUUAUAGCGUGACCAAAUAAUUGUUGUUGUUGUUGUUGUAUAUAUUCUAACUCGUAGCGCGCAGCUCUCUAUAUGUAUAUAUAACGGAAUAUUUUUUAUUCUUAUAUGACAUUAUUCAUUUUUGGAAUUUUUUUCAGCUAAAUUUGCUAUUAAGUGAUCAAAUUUUUUAAUAUUUGGCUUCUUUUCCAUUGACGUCACCACGUACAGAACUUAGCCAUACGUUACUUGCAAGUAUUUCAGAAAAUAAGGUUACGGAGAAAUUAAAAAUUUUGCAUUCGUCGUCAAAGCAGAUGCUGCGAACAAUGUGAUAUGCAUAUAUUGUUUAUUAAUAGUAAUUAGGAUAAUCAGCCCGCUUUUGUCGGAAUCAGUAUUUCGUAAACAGGGAACAUGAUUCGACGUGGCCGAAUAUAUACGACGUUUAUCGUUGAACAAAACAUGCUCAAAAAAGUGUAAAUGUUACGAGACAAAUAUUCUCAAGUUCAAAAAAAUUAGACAAAUAACAUCUCCUAACGAAAAGUAGUAUUGUGCAAAUUUUCAAAAGUACUCACGUUGUACAAUUAUUAUUAUUUUGUUUUACUACGCCCAAUCCUAUGUACAAGCAUGUGUUGAAAACAAAUUGGACACAACUAUACCAAUUGGACAGCAGUGGUUGUUUUUCGUUGCUGCACGAACAAUUUACGAUAAAGAAAAAACGUAUAUCGUUGGAGUUUUUUAGUGCAAUAGAAAGUAGAGUAUAAAGUGCUCGUCAGUUAACCGUCUUACCCAAUAUUGGCCGUAUCACAUUUUUUGGGUUUUUCAGGCUAGACCCGUUCAUAAAAGACGGUGACAUAUGAAUAUUAAUUUACGACGCUGAAGGUCCACCAAACAUUUCUUUGAUACUCGUAAAAUUUCGUAAAUUUUUUUGUAAAUAUUUAACAUGAUGUGAUUUAUGAAAAAAAUUAAAGAUUUAAGUUUCUCUCUGCGACGUCCCUCUGAUAUGAAGGAUAGUACAACAAUUUAUAUAUGUGUAUCGAUAUUAUACAUUUUGUGUGAUUGACGAUUACGUGUAACGUUCCUAUACGUGAAAAAGAAAUUAUUAUUAUUAUUAUUAUUAUUAUUAUAUGUAUUCAUAGAUACUAAUAUAUAAAUAUAUAUAUAUAUACACAUAUGAUAUUACAUUGUAUUAAAUAUAUAAUAUGACAUAGAUACGAUCUAAAUAUUAUACUUUAUAAUUAUAUAUCUAGGCAUAAUAGUUAUUGUAAUGAAUAUACCAUCGAUUUGACUGACCCAGUUUUAGUUGAAUGAUUACAGUGAUCAAUUCAUAUAAAAUUGAAUACAUUAUCAUUGUAAAUAAAGUGUGGUCGACGAUGCUCAGCGGUAAAUUAGUAAGCGUGGUAAGAUUGUGAUCAAUGAAAAAGAGGUCAAAAGUUGGUAGUCAGCGAGUACUUUUUCAACGUAUCAAAGUAUUCUCUACGUAUUAUCCGUAAAUAAAUGCACAAAUUUGUGAAAGCGGUUGGAUUCAUUACCACAAAGUUACACAAAGAUUUACCAAAUCAAUCUCCCAUUGUUUUCAAAUGUUUGUGAUCUUCAUACUUCCUGAGAUUACAGAAUGUUUUUACUCUGAAUACGUGGUCUUGUACAAAAAUAUUGUAUAAUCGUGACUUGAAAACCAAGACGUCACUCGAUAUAAAAUAACAAAUUUUGCCAAAUACUGACCAAUUGUUGAAGAAAUUACGUGAAGGAAAAUAAUUGCACGUAAUAUUUUCGAGGUGAAGCUGAUAAAAUGCUUCGCAAAGUCAAAGCACUAAGCGUAUAAUAUAUACAGUUAGUCUCGUGAUAUAUAGCAAGUGAAGGACGUGUCAAAGGCAAUAAAGUCUAAUUCACUAAUUGUUUUUAUAGAUGCCGUAUUGUUGAGGAGCAAAAAUAACUUGAACAUUCAAAUGUACAGCUCAAUAUAAUUCCUAGGCUAAAAUGGUACCAGCAUCAAGAACGUUACCUUGGCAAUUAAUUAAAGCUAUGAGCUAUAAGUACGAAACUGAACCG